AUGAGCUACUCACGUUGUUAUACGUGCCAAGCUGAUCUCCAAGGCACCGAUUUGCGUGUCCAUCUGCGCUCCGAAUGGCACAUACACAACCUGAAGCGUGUCGCUGCGUCAUUGGUGCCGUUUACCAAAUUUCAGUUCCAGAUGAGACAGUAUUUUCUAGGUGCAUAUACUUGCGCUUCUACGAACAAAAAUGUAUGGCUGUGCAUAAUCACGGCAACACAGGACCAGAUUGAGGGAAUUCGAACAGUAAGCUUCUCUAAACUUUUCUACUCCCUUAUUUGUGACGUUCGCCUAUGUUUAUUACGGCACUUUCAAUGCAGGAAACGCGAAGAAGCGUGCAAGGUGGACGCGAAAGACUCAAAAGACGAAGAUGUGGAGAACAAAAACGUGGAAACAAUUAAUUCAAGUGGGAAUUUCGGACAACCCUUACCAGUUGGUGCCUGCCUCUUUUGUAAUGUCUCCUUCGCAAAUUCCCCAAAAUCGGAGGCUAGUGUGCUACGUCACAUGGAGGAGACGCAUAACUUUGUGCUGCCCUUUUCCGAAAGGCUAUUGGACGGACACGGUUUACUUGCUGAAUUGGGUCGUUUGGUGGGAGAGGAGUUCACUUGCCUUGGCUGUGGUCGAAAGUUCUUUGGUCGCAGAAAGAACAGACACAAGCGCUCACCCUCGCAGUUGCGUGAGGAAGCUCUUAGGGCAGUGCGGAUGCACAUGAUUGACAAAGAGCAUAACUUUCUUUACGUUGGUGAGGAGGAUCCUGUUGUUGUGGCGUUAGCAGUUAAUGAGAUGGUUGGAGGCAGGGAAAGUGAGCAGUCUUUACCCCCAAUUGCCCGCGUUGGCGGAGAGUUGUACAGCCAAUUUUAUGUCUGUGACAAGGCUAACAGAACUAUUGUCUUGCCUGAUAAUGCGGAUGAAGGUGAUGAAGUUUACGAAGUUCGUUUGCCAACAGGAGGUGUUAUAGGGCAUAGACGGUACUACAGGACAGUAUUUCAGCAGAAUGUUGGGUCUUACCUCCGCGAGGCGGCAGAGCAUCAAAAUCGUCUUGCUCUUAUGGCGGGUUGUGAAGGUGCUGGUGGACGUCGGCAUAUCUCUAUCAAAGGUACCAAAUGUGGGACUUUGGCGAACUCUUCGCAUGGAAUUUCGGACGUCCUACGUACUGAGGUUCUUCCUCUUACGUCGACUUUGGUUAGGCGGAGUAAGGAUGAUCUCAAGCUGGGCUUGCGUGGGAACUACUUUCUUCGCGGGCAUUUCCGUCGUCAGUACUAA